CACUCGUGACGGGCGCGCGGGGGGGUGGCGAGGUGAGCCGGGGGUGUCGCUGGAACAUGUGACGAGACUUGCUCGACUUGCCGAAAAGAUAGGAAGGCUGCGCGCGUGGACACGGGCGUCCGUCCGCGAGGGACGGUUUUUCAAGGCCGGGGGGUGUCGAUCACCCGUGAGGAAACGAUGCGCGGAGGCGCCAGCUGGGAAUCAGCCCCCCCGACGUUUCUCCACGGCUGGCGGUGAAUGAGCGCGAGAGCUAUGUCGAAGCCCGACGCGCCGAAGCUCGUGACGGCGCUCUUCUCCUUCAAAGGGACGAACAACGACGAGUUGUGCUUCAAGAAGGGGGACGUGAUUGCGAUAACGCAGGUGGACGACGAGGGCUGGUGGGAGGGCACGCUGCACGACAAGACUGGUUGGUUCCCUGCGAACUACGUCAAGGAGUACAGAGCCCCGGAUGGUGGCCAUGCGUCGAUUAAGACGUCUCCUGAUAGGAGUCCGCAAGAGUCGCCUGCGCACCAGAAGCUCAAUCGCGACAUAGUGUUGAAGGACAUCGUCGAUUCGGAACGAGUGAACGUAGCCGAGCUGCAAGGACUGGUGAAUAAUUUUUUACAACCUCUCGAAGCGUCGAACAUACUGAAGAAAGACGAGUAUAAGCAGCUACUCGGUAACAUACACGAGGUCCUGGAGACUCACCAGUGUUUGUUGGCAAACCUGGAAGGCACCGUUCUGCAAGGGCUCUCUGCAAGAGUGGGAAAUCUCUUCCUGACUAUCGCGCCAAGACUCAAGUCUAUUCACGCCUCAUAUUGCAAUAAUCACCCGCAGGCUGUUUGCAUACUAGAUAGGUACAGAGAUGAAUUAAAUGAAUUUAUGGAGCGCAGUGGAGCGAUAUCGCCGGGUAUACUGGUGUUGACCACUGGCCUGAGCAAGCCGUUUCGAAGAUUGGACAAGUAUUCUGCUAUGCUUCAGGAGUUGGAAAGAUACACCGAAAAGAAUCAUCACGACAGAGGAGACACUCAACGUAGCAUAACUGUAUACAGGGAAAUCGCGGAUCAUUGCGCUGCCAUACGUAAGCAGCGCGAGUUGGCGCUUCAAAUAUUAACUAGCGGAAUCAAAGGGUGGGAAGGUGAAGAAUUAAAUUCACUUGGCGAGAUCAUUCACGUCGGAUCCGUGAAUCUGGCAACCGGCGUGGAUCGCAGAGAUAGAUACUUUGUUUUAUUUCCUACCACGCUGCUGGUGCUUAGCACCAGUUCCAGGAUGAGUUCCUUCAUUUACGAGGGAAAACUUCCGUUAACUGGCAUUAAUGUAACUGGAAUUGAAGACACGGACGAAGUACGAAAUGCUCUGGAGAUUACUGGACCAAUGAUCGAAAGCAUCGUCGUGCUGUGUGCCACGAGGGAAGAGAGGCAGCGUUGGAUCGAUCUCUUGAUUCAGGAACAAUGCACCAGCCACCUGAAAUCGCCAACCAUGCCCCGUGUGAGUUGCCAUCAUCCUCCGUACGCUCGACUCUCGAGAUACUUUGCGAAGCUCGUGAGGAGAAAAGUCAUACAGCCUGAAUUAAUGAAGAAAUUGUUGUACAUUCAAUAUGUCUUGAGGCCGGAUUUGAGUAACGUGAAAAUGAGAAAGUGCAAUGUGACGUAUACUAUUUUUCCUACUAGCGAAGGAUCGGAGUCGGAUACACCCACUGAAAGUAAUGUGCAAGAGGAGCCGCGUAUAUUGCGUAAAUCCUCGUUGAUACUGGACGUUAGAUAUGUAAUAGACAAUACCGAUCUUAGUACCGUCGGAAUAGCGAGCACUUCCUCACUCACGAAUUUCGCACCGAGAGUUAAUUGCGACAAUCGAUGUACCUUCGAGACUAGUAAGAGCUUACCUGCCGGCGCUACAAUGAGUCACGUCCUGCCGAACGUUCCGCUCGCGUCAAGCAAGUCGUACACGUCAAAUCUUCAAGCACGUAAUAAGUUUUGUCGGGAACAUUUGGAAAUGCGACAUGGCAGAGAUCACAGCGAUCUGGCUGUGAAUUACAAAUAUCUGAAAGCGAUCGAGGAGUUUUAUCCAAACAACUCGGACGUGCCGGUCCGAUAUUCCAUGACCUCCGCCCAGAACGAUAAUUGCGAUAGCGUCGGGAGAGAAUUUCGAGAAACGUGCGCAAACAGUAGCUUACGGUCCUCGGACUCCGGCAUGGCCGAGAGUUAUCACUUACGUUCAUCCGAAGUCAAUUCCUGUUACAAGUCAUACGCAUCUAGUCAUACUAAGUAUACAGAUCCCGUAAGAACGUCUCAUAGCGAAAGCGAUAAUGAUGAGAAUAAGUUCGAGCAUCAGUGUAUUUGCACCUCGCCGUUUGGCUCUACGCCUCGAGAUAGCGCUCACUCGCUGGCUUCGUCGAAAAACGUCGACGAAUGUACAAGCUUGGCGAGAUCCAACGAUGUCGGUGGUAGCGAUGCUAACGAUAAUCCUGAUAAUAGCGAGAAGAAAGUACAAGAAACUGUGUUAAUUCAACCUCUGAUAAAUUAUGGGAAUGAACAAGGAAAAAGGUAUACGCAACCGAUACCAUAUGCGCACCAGUGCGUAGUUAAGAAAAUCGGGAGACGCGUAGUUCGUCCAAUCCAGCCGAUUAUGGAGGAACAUGACGAGCCAACAAAUCAAGUGUACUCAUCUGGAUUGUACGCUCAUUGGUGGCUCAAGAAGUCUAUCCCGAUAUUUGGAUGCACGGAACAAGCCAUGUUGUGCGAACAGACGAUCAGUCAGCCAAACGGGAAGCACCAACGACCGGCAAUGGAACACUGUACAUCUCCAGGGAUUAAGACACCUUGGAGUGUCGCAUCACUAAGACCCGCUCCUCCCCUGUAUUCUCUUAAGAACUUUGGAAAAAUAGAUACUACUACAGAUACAUCACGGACACCACGAUCAUGCAAUGAGCGACAGUUUGAAGACGAUGCGAUCAUAUUGAAAGUAAUAGAAGGUUAUUGUCUUUCCGUCAAUGCUAGGUUUACCGUACAUUCUGGAGAGUCUAAUUCAAUGCUAGAUUACGAGUCUCAAAAGUCGCGGGACAGGAUAUCAUUGACGCAUAACAGAGGCAACUGGGAAUCUUGCAAUGACAGAACAUUAUCGGAAACGGUUAAAACCUUGAAGAACCAAAUGACUGACUUACAGUCGCAAAUGUCGCUGCUGACAAAACAAUUGGACGAAGAGAGAAGAUCGCGACUCUCGCUGGCGGCCACGGUAAAACGCAGCAUGGGAGUCAUAGACGGAUAAGGAUGUCGUUCAAAGAAUCAAGAAGAGUGUUCAAAGAUACAUUUUUCACAGUGUUCAUUUCAUAUAUACGAGUUUUAAUCAUGAUAUACGUCGCGUGUUGUUGGAAUGUUUUCAUAAAGUUUACUAUUUUUAUGAUGUAUGUGAUAAAAAUAAGAUAGAAGCAUAUAUAUGUAAAGAAAUUAUUUAUGUAUUUUUUUAGCAUAUUGUACACAGUCUGCAAUCAAAAGAAGAUACUCAGCAAA